AUGAGUGCACAGGAGGAUACAGAGAUACAUGUUUACUAUUGCUCUUGAUGGUAAAGAGCUCCUAACAUCAAUAUUAAAGCUUAGAAAGCUAAAACUGGACUAAACCAUCCAUAAUGGGAUCCCUACUCAAAAUGAAGUUCUUCAGUGUUCUCUGGCUCUGGAUGUUUCUGUCGGAAUUUAAGACUUCAACUACUGGUGAAAUUCCGGGAUAUAUCGGAAGACACGUCAUCAUUUCUUGUUCUCAUAUAAUGGCUUCAAACAACAUAAAGUAUUUCUGCAGAGAUCCCUGUGGAUACGGAGAUGUUUUAGUUCAAUCUGACCGAUCACCUGAAGGGAGAUACAAACUAGAAGAUUCCGGGACAGGAACAUUCACCGUGACCAUCGCUGAUCUACAGGAGUCCGACUCUGGGGUUUACUACUGUGGAGUGCAGAGAUUUGGAUUCGACACAUACCAGAGAGUCCAUGUAACAGUAGACAACACAAAGAACUUGGAAGAGGCGACUCAUCUUAAGACGACGGAAACACAAACAAAUCCAUGGACAGGUGCUGAAAUAAGACCGACUACACCAAGACACUCAGUUUCCACAUCUUCAAGCACUAAGGAUAGUGCUCACUCACUGACAUCAACAGGUUUUGUCAAAUCAUCUGGUCCAGCUGGCAAACAUGCAGUGCCUGUGCAUUUUAUUCUCUAUGCCUCUGCUGGACUGGUUGUUACGUUGAUCAUAUCUUCAGUUGGACUGGUCACUUGUCAGUGGAGAAAGAGGGUCAAGCAAUCAAGAUAUUUUACAGCUACAUCGACAUCUAUAUACAAUGAGCGUCACAACGAGGCGGCCACCGGUGUUUAUGCACACGCUCCUGAUGACAGAUCCUACGCCGCUAUUCAGAAAUCCAGUAUCAAGUCAAAGAGCCAAUCAGAUCCAAUCUAUCAGAACCUACACUUCAACACUAACCAAGGAGAGGCUAUCUAUGGCAAUAUAUAAAACAAUGCACUCCACUUUCCUCAUCCUAGAACAAUCAACAUGUUCUACAUUACAAGCCUGAAACAAGUUAUUUGUCUGGACAUUUACACCAUCUCUGAACAGUACAUGGGGAAAAAUACUUUUUUUUUUCAAAAACAUGUUUCGUCAGCUCCAAAUACAAUGUUUUUCAGUCCAGUCAGCUGAGAAAAUGGUACCAAAUGCAAUAUUUGUUCCACUUAAGAGACUCUCAAUAUGUUUCCAAGCACCUAAUAAAUCUAAA